AUGGACAAGAAGGAAGACAAGGAGGAGGACAAGGCACCUGCAGUCGCCACUGACGAAGGGGACAAGGAUGCAGCGCAAGGAGCAUCGCAAACGGUGUACUCCUCAAGAGCCGAGAAGAUGAAGCAGAUCAGUACAGUGGUGGCCCCGGCCGCCCCGGCGGGCCGAGGGGACUUGCAGGCCAACUUGAAGUCGGACGAUCCGGAGGUUCUGAGGCAGGCGAUUGCCCAAGCCUUGGCUGGCCGGCAGAAGGAAACUGAUGCUGAAGAGCGGCUGCGCAAGCUGUACCAGCUGCCACCAGAUUGGGACAUCGCGACCUUUUGCAAGGGACAGAGGCUCAAAGGUGGCCUGGGCGGGCGCAAGGCCUCCACCGUCGUCGCUUUCCAACCUCAACCGCCCGAGGUCGUCAAAGCCAUGCAAGGGAUGCUGGAUGGGACCUAUCGCAAGGUCUACACGCGUGAUCGACGCGGCGCACCCAUCCCGGAUCGCUUCGUGGUUAAGGAAGUGCACCGGGUGCUCAACGACCAGGUGUGGCGCGAAUAUUGCGAGACCCGGGAAAAGAUCCGCGCGAGCCUGAAUGGAGAGAAGCCGACGCUUCCGGACGGAUCCCACACAGUGAACGUUCUGCAGAAGAGCGGUAUUGGGGCGCUACCCCAGCUGGACAGCGACGUGAAUGAGCACUGGCUCUUCCACGGCACGACCGCCGAAGCUGCAAAAGGCAUCGCGGAGAACGACUUCCGACUCGACCUAUCCGGCUCUAAUGCCGGCACACUCUACGGCAAAGGCAUCUACCUGGCAGAGAACGCCACGAAGUCCGAUGAGUACGGCGAAGGGCCCAAGGGCCCUGCCUCCACAGGCGAGGAGGCAGAGAUGGGCUUCGAGGCCCCUCGCCCACCUCCUGGACCACCUCCGCCGCUGGUCCGAGAGUCAUACAUCCUGGUUUGCCGCUCAUCGCUGGGCCGCGUGAACUACAACGACGAGCAGCGACCGGACCCCGACAGGCUGGUAAAGAGCUGCACCGAUGGCCAUUUCCAAUCUGUGCUGGGCGACAGGCUGAAGCUGAACAAGACAUUCCGUGAGAUCAUCGUGUACCUGGGACGAUAA